AUGCCUCCGGAUCCACAAGCUUUUUAUCAGACUACUGCCGAGCCUGUUGUGCCGGAGUACACUGUUCAAACCAAGCCAGAAAUGGGAGAGUCAUCUGCCCCGGUUGAUAUGAAGUUACUCAAGCGGUUGGAUCGUUUCGAUGAGUUCAUCCGGAAAAGCCAAGGUUUAAGCAAACAAGGGGUGUUAGACUACGAUGAUCUGUGCCUGUUUCCAAAUGUACAGCUGCCCGUGGGAUUCAAGACCCCGAAGUUCAAUAAAUAUGAUGGUACGGGCAAUCCUAAGACACACUUGCGUUUGUUUGCCAACAAGUUGGGCAAACCGGUGGAUGACGAAAACUUGCCAUUAAGGUUGUUUCCAGAGAGUCUAGAAGGAGACGCCCUCAAUUGGUAUUCAAACUUAAAGCCAGAGGAGGUGAAGACUUGGUUUGAUCUAUCCAACGCCUUCAUCAGACAAUAUGAGUAUAACUGUGAGCUAGCACCGACCAGAACUACUUUGGAAGGCACUAAGAGGCGACCAUCUGAAGAUCAUAAGACAUACGCCAAAAGAUGGAGAAAGAUAGCUGCCAAG